GUGCUCAGAUAAGCUGUUUUGCACCCAGCUCCUUCUCCUGGCGACAAGCUGCUUAUGUGGACUCCUACUGCUGGGCAGCUGUGCAGCAGAAGCAACCAGCCCAGAACAACUCAGAAAACAUUCCCUUGUGGCUGCAUAAAUUCUUCCCAUAUAUCCUUCUGCUCGUCGCUAUCCUGCUGUAUCUACCAUGUUUGUUCUGGCGCUUCACUGCAGCACCUCACCUUUCUUCAGACCUAAAAUUUAUUAUGGAAGAACUCGACAAAGCCUAUAACAGAGCGAUCAAAGCUGCUAAUAGCAUCCGUAGCGGAGACCCCAGGGACCCUACUGACUUGCUUCCAGCUGUUACUGAGAACUUGACCCAGAGUUUGUGGGAAAUAUCUGAAAGCCACUUUAAAUACCCAAUUGUGGAGCAGUACCUGAAGACGAAGAAGAAUUCCAAAUGCCUAAUAAUUAAAUACAUUACCUGCCGUUUACUCACUCUAGUAAUCAUUUUCAUUGCAUGCCUUUACCUGGGCUACUACAUUAGCCUCUCCUCUUUGAGUGAUGAGUUUCUCUGCACUAUCAAAACUGGGAUCUUAAAGAAUGACACAACUGUUCCGGAAGUGGUUCAGUGCAAGCUUAUUGCUGUUGGUGUGUUCAAGGUACUCAGCUAUAUUAACCUGAUCGUCUAUCUUCUCGUGAUGCCGCUGGUGGUGUAUGCAAUGUUUGUGCCGUGGAGGUGGAAUUCGGGCAUUCUCAAAGUGUAUGAAAUCCUGCCAACUUUCGAUGUUCUGAAACUUAAGUCAAAGUGUUUUGAUGACUUAAGCCUUUACCUCCUCUUUCUUGAGGAAAACGUGAGUGAACUGAAAUCAUUUAAGUGCCUCAAAGUGCUGGAGAACAUUGCAGUUUCUGAAAAGUUUGAUGUCAUGCAACUUUUGGUAAACCUCGGUACUAUUAAGACAGAUACCAUAGAUGGGAAGCCAGGGACAGCUGUGUUGGAGAAGCCUGAAGAAACAACUACGGAAGAGCUGGAAAAAAACGCGUCAGAGUUACAAGCCGAAGAUGAGGGGGGGAAAGAAGCAAUUGAAGUUGCCACCUUUGCACAGACCUGUUUGUGUGCUGCAGCUGAUUUCAAAGAGAUCUACUUGAAUUUGGCAGCUGUUGUUGAAGAGGUGGAUCCUUAA